ACUUUUGAAUGAAAUACCCGCCUAUAGCGAUGUUUGUAUUGUUUGUUGCAAAUUUAAAUAACAACUGACAAGCAAGACGUCUGUUAUGAGAUUUAUGAGAAUCGAGUAACAUGGUGUCAACAAUGAGGUUUCAAGUCCCUGUCAAACUUUCGCCGAGUAGUCCUGGUGAUGAGUAUCCUCAUGAUUUACAAUUGUAUCAGGAUGUUCCGUAUGGAGAGAUAACGUUAGACGAGCUGUGGGAGAUCGGUGAAAUGCGGCUCAAAGUCCUCUCUUUGGUGGAGCGUAUCCAUUUACGAAAACUGACGAUGUCGGUGUCACAACGUAGAGCUGCCCUGGUCGAGCAGUUACGCAAAGAAGGGAUAGACGAAUUUGCAGGAUUGAUUGACAGCCCCGGAUGCAAAUCGCACACCGACAUGGAUAUACGUGUCAGAAGAAGAGAUCAUGUAUCUCACUUUGUGUUAAGGUCCACAGUUGCCUUCAAUGAAUUGAAAAAGCGCUGGUUCUUUAAGCAAGAGGCGAGGCUGUUCAAGUGGAGAUUUUCCUCAUUAGAUAACGAGGGAGUCAGGCGGUUCAUGUGCGUUAACAAUUUCGACUUUACACCGAUCAGCCAGAGCGAGAAGGAUGACAUCAGGGAACACCUUCAGAUGUCUUCUUCGUAUGUUAAUGAUAUUGACAACACACAAUUUUACAGGAUACCUUUCUCCCAUACCGCCAAUUUAAUUAAAAAGCGUAAAGUUUUCGUUAUGCGAGGUGAAGCUUUUGUACCCGAGCAAGAAAUGGCAUUUGUGCUUGUGUCACACUUCAGGAGAAUUCUCAUAUCGAGCUUUGAAUUUGCACGCGAAGCUAGAGCCAAAUUGUAUGAUGACGAGAGGUUUACUGGCAUAUUUGCCAAUUUAGAGAAUAGUAUUCAUACUGAGAGUACCGUACUAGUACAGGAUCAAGAGAUAAAACAAUAUAUUUCGCUCAGCCAUUUGGAUGAGCUUGCAGAAACCUCUUAUCCGCUGUGCAUGAGAGUGCUUCAUAAAGCAUUAAGGAAGAAUCAUCAUCUUACACACGGCGGUAGAGUACAGUAUUCAUUGUUCCUGAAGGGCAUAGGGCUUUCUUUGUCCGACUCGAUGACUUUCUGGAAAGACGAAUUCACGAAAGUAAUGGACGAAGCUGUAUUUAACAAGGAGCACAGAUACACCGUAAGAUUCGUCUACGGGCGGGAAGGUAGUCGGCGAGAUUAUCAGCCUUACACGUGCCUGAGAAUUAUGGAGUCGUCGACAGUCGGACCUAGAGAUUAUCACGGAUGUCCUUAUAAAUAUAUGCUGCAUGAUAUACUCGAAGACGAGCUCACCGAUUGCGGUUUUAACGCAUUGGAGAAAUCAGAGAUAGUGAAAUUGUCCAAGGACGGUCAUUAUUCUGCAGCAUGUAACAAGUAUUAUGAAAUUAAACAUGACUGUUUUAACGACACCGUGUUUAAGCAUCCAAAUAUAUAUUUUAAUGAAAGUAUGAAAUAUCGCACUUCAUAUCAUCAUUCAUGGUGAGAUUUAUUUCAUUAUUCUAUGUGUAUCAAACAAUUUACUAUUUUGUAUAAAAUUUGAAAUUACAUUAAAAUUAAAGAUCUGGUUCCGGAGACGGGAGAUGCAUACUAGUCGUCAGAAUAAUAACAUUUGGGGAAGUUAGAACUAUUAGGACCGUUGCAAGUUAUAUUUUU